AUGGCUCAAGCUAUGAUGCGCUUAGGUGUGUUUUUGGUCAUCCUCUUGAUGCUUGUUGCGGCAGAGGCAGGAACUUCUCAUCCAAAGCCUAAGAAAGUCCAGUGCAAGAACCAGGACUACCCUGAUUGUUAUUGCCUAGAGCUUACAUGUCCUAGUGCUUGCCCUGAGCACUGUGAAGUUGACUGCGUCACAUGCAGUCCUGUUUGCAACUGCAACAAGCCAGGGGCUGUGUGUCAAGACCCCAGAUUCAUUGGUGGUGAUGGAAUAACCUUCUACUUCCAUGGCAAGAAAGACCAAGACUUCUGCAUAGUUUCUGAUUCAAAUCUCCACAUCAACGCCCACUUCAUUGGCAAGAGAAACCAAAACAUGAAGAGGGACUUCACUUGGGUGCAGUCUCUAGGUAUCCUCUUUGGCAACCACAAACUCUUCAUCGGUGCCAAAACCACGUCAACUUGGGAUGACUCCAAUGACCGUCUCUCCUUAUCCAUCGACGGCGAACCCAUAAACCUCCCGGACAGCGAAGGUGCUAACUGGCAAUCAAUCUUAUCACCAGGAGCACUCAGCAUCACAAGGACGAAAAACACAAAUUCUAUAGAAAUCGAAGCUGAAGGGAACUUCAAGAUCAAAGCAGUGGUGGUGCCUAUAACAGAAAAGGACUCCAUGAUCCAUAAAUAUGGUGUUACGCAAGAGGAUUGCUUUGCUCAUCUUGACUUGAGCUUCAAGUUUUAUGCCCUAAGUGGGGAAGUGAAUGGUGUUUUGGGCCAAACAUAUGCAAGCAACUACGUGAGUAGGGUUAAGAUGGGUGUGGUGAUGCCUGUUUUGGGUGGGGACAAAGAAUUUGCAUCCUCUAGUAUCUUUGCCUCUGAUUGUGCGGUUUCAAGGUUUACUGGGGAAUUUGUUAAGAACAACUCUUCAGACAGCUUUGAGUAUAUGAAUUGUGCUAGUGGGACGGAUGGCCGUGGAGUUGUUUGUAAGAGGUGA